AUGAACCUCCCGAGGCUCAAGCCAGAAAGCAACCUUCGCCAUGCAGCAAGAUAUCGAGAGCGUCGGCGAUGCUUCUUCACAUGUCGGCUCUUUUGCAAGGUCUUUUGCCAUUUGCUAUGUAAUACCUUCGUGGGGCAAAAGAAGGAAGGCCAGAAAGUGCCGGCGCUAGUCCGGAGAACUUGUCUCCGCCCGUUCAUAGCACAGCAAAGAAAAAGAGCCGAGGUUCAUCCUUGCCUGGCCGCGCCCGGAAGAAGUUCCUCCGUCGCCGAGCGCCAAGACAGCAAGGAACAAGUCGGAACUGGCAUUAUUUCGAUAGAAGACGAAAUAUUUACUCUGCCAUUUCAACGAUGGCAUUGGCAGGAAGAGGAGAUACCACGCGGUGGAAGACCUACCAUAUAG